GAGAAUGCCAGCCUCACUUACUGGCUAUCGGGCUCAGAUGCCAGCAAUUUCGCGAUCCACCAACACACCGGCCAGCUGCUCCUCGAUCAGAAUCUGGACAGAGAGUCGUGCGAUCUUCUUCACUUGACGGUGCAUGCCAGAGACAAUGGUACACCAUCCCUAAAUUCAUCCAUCAAUCUGACCAUCUCGAUAAGUGACGCCAAUGACAAUCCGCCUGAGUUGCCUGCCCACUUGGAGUUCUCCAUCUACGAAAACCACACUUCAAGUGAGUAA